CGAUGAUACUAUUCUUCCUAACUAUGGACGUAUUUUUGCAGGUUUUGUUUGCGUUCAGAGAACGUCUCUAUCAUUGGUUCUUCGUCAUUCUGCUGUUAGUGUCUUAUUCAUCAGCCCAAGAAGUAGUACCUGAAGCCCCAGCGGAUGUCAAAUUGGUCACAAAAGGCUCAAAGACGGUAGAUAUAUCCUGGAUGGCUGGUUUUAAAAGAAACAGUACCAUUCAGAACUACACAGUGGAGAUAAGAAUAGAUAAGGAGAACUUUAGCGAUGUUGGUUGUCAAGGAACGCUCUCAAAUGGUUCCUGUGUACUGUCCAACUCCUCCACAAGUGCUUCUCUCACAGGGCUUUUUCCUUUUACAAAGUACUUUAUCAGAGUGUUUGCAACAAAUGCAGUUGGCAGCAGCAAAAGCAGUUCUAUUGUGAAUGUUACUACAGAUGAAGAAGAACCCAGUAGCUCGCCACAAAGUGUUCAAGCUAGCUCCAAAAAUUCCACAAGUGUCUCUGUAAGCUGGGCAGCGGUCAGCAAGGACCAUCGUAAUGGAAUCAUCAAAGGAUACAAAGUAAUUUAUCAAGCGUUACCGGAUGGGAAAAACGCUAUAAGGUUCAUCAACAUCAGCAAUAAGCAUCAAGAUAAAGAGCAAGACAUAACUUUGGGCGAUCUCGUCAAGUUUACCAGCUACAGCGUCAGGGUGUUAGCAUUCACUGUUGUCGGAGAAGGACCACUGAGUAAAGUCAAAAUUGUUCAAACACAACAGGACAAACCUUCUGCUGCUCCUUUAAAUGUGACAGGACAUAACACCAGCUCAACCAGCAUCUUAGUAGUGUAUGGUGAUGUUCCGGCUUUUGAUCAGAAUGGUAUCAUCAAAAAUUACACCAUUACUUACCGGUCACUAACAGAGGGUCACAAUGGGAGUGCUAUAGCUGGCCCCAGUGACCGUCAAAAGGAAUUAACAAAUCUUAGAGAGUACGUCGAUUACGAAAUCACAGUACUUGCGUCGACUUCGAAAGGAGAUGGACCACAAAGUAACCCUAUUCUUGUUAGUACAGACGAGGAUAAACCUUCUGCUGCUCCUUUAAAUGUGACAGGACAUAACACCAGCUCAACCAGCAUCUUAGUAGUGUAUGGUGAUAUUCCAGCUUUUGAUCAGAAUGGUAUCAUCACGAGUUACACCAUUACUUACCAGUCACUAACAGAGGGUAACAAUGGGAGUGCUAUAGCUGGUCCCAAUGACCGUCAAAAGGAAUUAACAAAUCUUAGAGAGUACGUCGAUUACGAAAUCACAGUACUUGCGUCGACUUCGAAAGGAUAUGGACCACAAAGUAGCCCUAUUCUUGUUAGUACAGACGAGGAUAAACCUACUGCUGCUCCUUUAUAUGUGAGAGGACAUAACACCAGCUCAACCAGCAUCUUAGUAGAGUGGGAUGAUGUUCCAGCUUUUGAUCAAAAUGGUAUCAUCACAAAUUACACCAUUACUUACCGGUCACUAACAGAGGGUCACAAUGGGAGUGCUAUGGCUGGCCCCAGUGACCUUCAAAAGGAAUUAACAGAUCUUAAAGAGUAUGUCGAUUACGACAUCACAGUACUUGCGUCGACUUCGAAAGGAGAUGGACCAGGAAGUAGCCCUAUUCUUGUUAGUACAGACGAGGAUAAACCUGCUGCUGCUCCUUUAUAUGUGAGAGGACAUAACACCAGCUCAACCAGCAUCUUAGUAGAGUGGGAUGAUGUUCCAGCUUUUGAUCAAAAUGGUAUCAUCACGAAUUACACCAUUACUUAUCGGUCACUAACAGAGGGUCACAAUGGGAGUGCUAUAGCUGGCCCCUAUGAUCGUCAAAAGGAAUUAACAGGUCUUAGAGAGUACGUCGAUUACGACAUCACAGUGCUCGCGUCGACUUCGAAAGGAGAUGGACCACAAAGUAGCCCUAUCCUUGUUAGUACAGACCAAGAUGAACCCAGUGCUGCCCCUCUUAACUUACGUUCAAUUAAUGCGACUUCAACAAGCAUUCUUGUCAUGUGGGAUGAAGUUUUGCCUUAUGAAAAGAAUGGUAUCAUUAUUCGUUACAACGUCAGCUAUCAGGCGAUACCAGAAGCUGGAUCUGCUGGGCCUAUAUAUACGAUUAUAGUAAAGGCCCCUACAAGGCAGGUCAACCUGACCGUCCUAACAAAGGACAUGUAUUACAACAUCAGUGUGUUGGCCUCCACAAUCAAGGGCGACGGGAUUUACAGCAGCCCAAAGACGUUCAGAACAAAAGAAGACAGGCCCAGUGCACCUCCUCAGAAUGUAAUAGGUUAUAACACCAGCUCGACCAGCAUUAGAGUUACAUGGAAUGAGGUGCCAGAAGACAAAAAACACGGUGAUAUCGAAUACUAUACUAUAUUGUACAAAAAGAUGACAGAUAUCAGUUAUAAGUCAGUACCAAUUACACCAAUGUCUAGAAGGUUUAUUGAGCUAAAGGGACUUAAUAUGUACACAUUUUACGACAUCAAGGUCUCAGCUGCUACACAUGUAGGGAGUGGACCAGCAAGUGAUCCUAUCAAGGUCCGCACAGACCAGGAUGUGCCUUCUACGGCUCCUACAUUAGUGUCUGUACAAACACUGAACAGCACUAGCAUACAAGUUAAAUGGUUGGCAGUUCCUGAAGAAUCCACACACGGAAUUCCAACCAGAUACACCAUUUACUACGCAUACUCCGAUGGGAAGGUGGAUACUAAGGUUGUAACACCUGUUAAGGAUCCCAUCACUUAUCAAGAAGUUGUGUCUGGUCUUAAGGAAUCUACUGAGUAUUCAUUCCAAGUUUCGCUUUCAACUGCGAAAGGGGAAGGUCCCCUAAGUGUGUCCAAAUCCUCUGCAACUGAAGGUGUAUGUAAGUGGCCCAAAUCAUUCUUUCAUAGCAUUUGUAUGUAUUAUCAGCAACAACGCAUAUUGACUCGUCUCGUUUGAAAUUUAACUUAAUGGAAGACUGUUAUAUAUGUCUACGCUGGUGCUACUUUUCGCACGAUUCAUAAGCUAUCAAAAUAAAUUAGAGAGUGUACUUUUACACCUAUAAAAGUGCUCACUCUAAUACCUUCUUAAGUGC